AUGUCAUCUUUCGUUCCUCCGUUUUGUCAAAUUCCCCAUGACAUUGAUCUUGCAACACGUAUAUGUAAUGGUUUAAGACCUGAUAUCGUUGAUGGUACUCCUGAAGUGUACAUAUCAUUAAUGGAAAGAUGCUGGCAUCAAGACCCGAGCAAACGACCCAAAGCCACUGAACUUAACGAAAUUAUAACUGCUUGGAUGGCUGCUAUCAGUGACGAUCCUG